AUGAGUUUGUUGAUGGGUAAACCCGUAAUCUACCUGUUUUCUCCACUGGAACGCGAGGUGAGGGUUCGAUUGGGCCUUGCUCCCCAAUGGUCUAUUUCCGCUCUCUAUCCGGUCGUUCCAAUCAAUCAAACUCCUGGAGGGAAGGUCCACCAGACGGUGGAGUGGAUAGCUCGAACUCAACAGGAUGGCACUCUAACAGAAACGAGCACGGGAACUGAAGUGGCUUAUCUUUUUUGGGAAGCCCACACCGUUCCAGAUGCACCCCGUUCACCGCCACCAUCACCCCGUGUGGAGGAAAAACCGAGACACUCAGAGAGAUUUAUACCUAAUGACACACACAUUACGCCUCAAAACUCUGUUCUGCUGUCGAUCGAGGCGUUACCAAUUUAUCUCGACAAAACCCUCAAAAUGUUGGUGCUCCAUACCGAAGCACGGACGUCUUUCAUCACUUAUUGGUUACCCUCAUUCCUCAAGCACAAACACAUCGCAUUGAGGUUCCUACCGCAGUCUUCAUACGAGGAGGCUGCCCCAUUGGACAUCACACCGACGCCAGACGUCGUCACGCGAAUCUUCAUGCUUUUCCAUGGCGUUUCUGAGGACGAACUAAAAAAUGCUGGAAAUGGAUGGACAGAAGCGGUGGAUCGAUCUUCUGAGGGCGUUGUUUUCUGGCAAACUGUCGUCGGUGUUGAUAUAGGCAAGGCUGCUGAUGAGAAUUUGUUCAGAGUGUUGGAAUGGGGAGGUAUGGAGGUAUCUUGUUGA